AUGUGGUGGUACUACAGCAGCCAGCAACUCGCCCUUUUCGUGAACGAGGCGGAAGAGUUCAAGACGCGUGGGAAUGACGUUACUGUGUGUUUGAGGGAGUCAGGUGUGGCGAAGUCGGCUUCCAAGGAGGGACCAGAGCACAGAGCCACGGAGCAAGAGUCAGGGUCCAUGGUUCAGCCUGGAGUACGCCUUCGUGCGGCGAGUGAGGCAAGCCAUGGGAAACAGACGACGUCACGGAGCAGCUGCAAAUGCAGAUGGCAAGGUUUCAGUGGUUACUCUCUGCUGAGGCCAUUCGUCACCGUCGCAUGCGUUGCCCGGCCAUUGGCAAGCUGGUCUGGUUAUCGGGUGAAGGGUACCGGCAAUGGGUAUGGAGGGGCAGUGGGAGGUGGUGGCAUCGCAUUGGCAACGGACAGAAAGCUGGGGGAGGAUGGACCCUGGUGCUCGGCGCUGUUUACGAUGGGCGCGGCCAAGCAUGCAUGUGCGGAUGGGUACAGAAGGGAAUGGUGGGAUCAAACGGGUAACCCGCACGCCCGCGUAAUGGCGUGGGGCUUUCGUUGGUGCGUGUGUAAAAUACCGCACUGUGGUGCUUUGAGAGAGGGCAUGGCAUGGAGCGAAGGGAGGGGGGAGAGGUGGAGAGAGGCGGAAAAGGGCGAGAUGGGAGAUGGCACACAAGACACUCAGUUAGUUGAGGGGGGCAACGGGCUGAUGCCGCCAUGUUUCGGCGAUGAGAACAAGGGCUGGAAGAGAGAAGAGCAGCAGCAUCGUACUAUGCGCGAGCUCAGCUUGACAUGCAGCGGUAUGCAUGACAGGUACUGGGUACUGGGAGUGGUGGUCACACUGGUGGUUGAAUCCAUGUACAUACACCCCGUUCGUUGGCCUGUUUUCUGUCCGUCGUCCCUAUCGUGCAUCCAUCCACACACCCACGUCCAUCGGCUCGGCGGCGGCGGCGGCGGCGGAUCCAUGAAAAGCCAAUUCCAAUGCUGUGUUCUUAUUGCGUCUUCGAUCGACUAUGCUUGUGCUGUGUGCUACGCCGCGCUGUUUCUGUUCUGGGAGCGCCUGUGCGUUGAAACCUGCUUUUCCGUGUCCAGAAGGUACUGGGCUGCCCGAGAGAAGAAAAAAAGGCCUUUCUUUGUCUCCGUCGGAUGCUGA